AUGGACCCAGUAAACUCGGCCUCGCUGCCGCCCGAAUACUGGGGUCUGGAUCCGUAUGCAAACCAGGACUCUUCACAUCACCAUUCACACCCUCCUCAGCAGCAGCCGACUCCACAACCACCACAACAGCAGCCCUUGGGAAUCAGCUGGGACCAUCCUGUGUUGCAUUCACAGCCACCCCAACGUGACCAGGGCCAUGGCUUAUAUCAACCACCAACACCCCAGUCAUGGCAGCAAAACCCGCUGCAUCACCAACCUCCUAUGGCUUCCCCGACACCGCAGGAACUGGGGAUACCGGCGCAGUAUCAGCAGCUGCCGCCGUAUGCGCAGGGACAGGUGGCAUUUGACUCGAGACCUUCAGCGUCCGAUAAUUCGCACUACCAGUCAUACUCAUUUAAUCCCAACUUCUACGCCCCUCAACAUAUUGCGAUUCCGGACGCCUUCUCACAGUCACAUUCGCCGCAGCCCCCUCAACAGCAGUCGCAACCUGCCUCCUACCCACCACUGCACCAGAACUCUCUUCCGCAAUAUGCCAUCUCUCCCGGAUUUCCUGAUGACCCUACGCACCCCUCCAUAAACUUUCCCAAUGAAUUCCCGCAGCAGCCACAGGGUAUUCCGGAGCAGACAAUUAACCCGCAGUUCAUCAACCCUCCGCAACCGGUGACCCAGAACUCCUCUCUAAACAAUCAAUUUGUCUAUGUCAAUCCUGCAGAGGAUCCAAAAAUGUAUAGGUAUUUCUCGGAUAAUGUACCCAUGCAGUCGGUUAUGAGCCAGUCUAGAAUGAACAGCGGUCUUGUUCCUGGCCAAGCUCCGAGGGCUGCGGUCGCUCCUAGUAAUGGCCUUAAAGCUUCACCAGCAAACACUCCUUUGGCAGCUAAGCCUGCGCCACUACGAGCAAAACCACCUGCUACUAAAAAACAGUCUCAACCUAAAAAGACAGCUAUUAAAAAGGCAGACGGGAAAGGCUCGGUUUCUUCGGGCUCAGAUAGUUACGAGUCCGAUGACUCUCUUGAGAUACAAGAGCCAGAAGAGCCUUCUCCUCUGCCGCCUGCUCGUCCUAAUGAGCCUGAAGCUGCUGCACAAUAUGAUGCGCUCCGCGCUGUGUGGUCUCCGCGUAAUAGACGGCCUAAGGUCGACAAAGUUAAGAACGCAUUAGUUGCAUUCAAAGAUGUCGUUAAAAGCCUAAGGGAUACGUGGAAAGAAAGCGCCCAAGCUUUGAAAACGGCAGAAAAUAAGGGUGAAUCGAGCAAUACAACUGAGCUUAGAAAGCAGGUUGCCCUGCAACGACGCCUCAUGGAUGUCGUCGUCAGUACUACUCUUGCCAAAGGUCACCCUAUCAUCAUUGAAAAGCUGGGUGAACAUCCCAUGGCUGUAGCAGCAUUAUACUCUUUCCUCUUGGAUCGGCACCAAGCCUCCGAUAUUGACGGAACUUUGACUCUGAAUAUCCUGAAGUUGCUCGCCCGAUUCAUCACUGUUGAUGAAGAUGUCCUCCAAAAAACGAAUGUGGCGAAAUUGCUCCCAAGAUUUGUGAAGAAGGGCACUCCGGAAGUGAAAACUCUCUCACAAACCAUACUUGACAACGCCACCGCAAGGACCAAGCGGAAGCAGGAGAAAGGGAAAUCAGGUUCAAAAGAAGGUUUCCCGACCAAAAACCCUGAUGGCGCAGCUGUAGAUGCUGCAAAGAAAGUAGUAGUUACGUCAAAUACCAAGCCGGGCUCCAAGCCCAGCGGGCCCUCCACUAAUGGCGCCGCUAAGCGCACUCAGGAGGCUGGACAAGAGAACAAGGCUCCUGGAGGCGCGGCCUCUAUUGCUGCACGCCCGAAGGCGAACAUUGUUGCACCAAAACCUACAAACAUUUUUGGAACUUUAACUUCAGCCUCCAAGAAACCCGGUACAUCGAAUGCGGAGAGAGCCGCCGCCGCUAAGACCAGCACCCCUACUGAAAAGAAAGAUGCCCCCCGACCAGCGUUUUCUUUCGGUGAUAUCAUGGCAGACCUUAACAAGCAGAAAGAACCUGCUCCGCAGGAGACUCCUGAAAGUAAAACGCCCGAGACGGAAGAGGAACGGGAGAAGAGACUCCGCAAGGAGACACGAAGAAAAUUGCGCGUUACCUGGAAACCUGAUGACUCUCUUACUGAUAUUCGCUACUUCACCCACGAUCCGGAUGAGGAGCUUGGGCCGGGUGACCGUUCCCGACAAGUGGGCGAUGUGAAGGGUGAAGGAAGCGUCCUCAAACUUCACAAGAAUUUGGAUGAACUUGAAGAGGAUGACGAUAGCAGUGCUCGAGAGGAACAGCUCUUUGAAUAUUAUGUUCCCUCUGAAAUUGACGAUGGCGACAUCUCCGCUGAGGACCGUGCGAGGAACCAUAUCAAACGUGGUGGCACCCAGCAACCUACGAGUCCCGAAGCGAAGGCCCAGGAGCAUCGGGAAGCCACGACGCUUAUGGUCUUCUACACUUCACCUGCGGACGUGCCUCCGUCUGCUAAGGAGCCCCCACCACCGGAUAACGACGAAGAGGUGCCUGAGGUCGUCUCAUUUGGAGAGCUGCCAGAUCAAGUCAAGGCUCGACAAGAACGGUAUUAUUCGAUGACCAAGCCUCAGCCGACACCCCAGAGCCAGCCGAGCGCGCAGAACAAUCAGUUCGUCUUUAACCUGCUCAAAUCCAUCCAAAAUCCUAGCCAGCCGCAACAGUCAACUCCCCCACCUCAAGCUCCCGCACCGGCGCAAACCCCUGCGUUCAACCUGGAGCAAACGAUCAGCAUGCUUCGGCAACAACAACCCCAGCCGCAGCCACAGGUGCCUCAAGUCCCACAAAUGCCUCAGCCACCUGCAAUUGAUCAACGACUUCUGGCUAUGCUUUACGGCGGACAACAACCGCCGCAGCAACAGUCACAACCACAACCACCGCCGCAACCUCAGCCUCAACCUCAACCUCAAGCCCAGCCUCAGCAGCCGGCCAUACCGCCGUAUCUUGCUGCCAUCAUAUCCCAGUUUAGCAAUCAAAAUCAAAACCAGCAAACGGGUAGCAGCACCCCACCUCAAGCCGCGGCUCCAGAUCAGUCCCAAUCAUCGGGGCACUACGAGGACCCAGAGCGUAAACGUAUGCGCGAAAAUGGUAGCUCUGAUGGUGACGAUAGGUACAAGCGGAACCGAAUGAACCCACCCAAUAAGAAACAUCCCAAGGUCGGAUUAGUUGCAUGCCGAUACUGGGCUGAAGGAAGGUGUCUCAAGGGCGAUGACUGUACAUUUCGCCACGACCCUCUUUAA